AUGGACAACCAAGAAGAUGAACUAGGAAUACAUUGCCAGCCAAAUAUAGUAGAGGUACACGAUACGACAAACAAUGUAUAUUUAUCGACCAACGAAUCUUGUCACGCACCUUGUGCUAAGGAAUCACAAAUAAAUUCGGAGAUAGAUAUGUUCACGAGAGCAAGUGAUCUAUUCAUGUCAAUGUCCAUUCAUGGCGAUUUUAAUAAGGCAAAAAUUUCCAAUCUUGCUGGAGAUGCGGCUAAGGAACUAAUACAAAUGGCAAUGGAAAAAGAACCUCUUUGGUGCUUUGUUGAAGAAGAAGGAAGAUAUGUUUUGAAUGAAGUUGAAUAUAAAAGGAGAUAUAGUCAUGCCUUUGAUCAAACACCAGAUAGCAUACUAACUUUUAUGAUGAACUCAUCAGAGAACAUAUUAAGAGAUGAUGAUGAUUGGUAUAAUGAUAUUUUUCAUAGGGAUUUUGGUCAUAAUUGUUUUCAAACCGAGGCUUCGAAGGAGACCGGGUUUCUCCUCAUGGAUCCUCUUGAUCUUGUCCGCUUACUAAUUGACGUGGAUGAAUGGAGCAUUGUUUUUUCUAACAUGGUAUCAGAUGCCGAGAGAAUUGGAGUUUUAUCGAUGGGCGAUGAACUUGGAAACCCUAAUGGAUAUCUUCAAGUUGUAAGAGGAAAGGCAAGUCUAUUGAAAUUGACUGAUAGGAUGAUGAGAGGUUACUUCUCUUGUUUAUGCUCCUCAUCCGAAGCCAUAUGGAGACCGUUGCCUGUUCCUGGUGGCGAAGAUAUAAUGGUCACGACUAAGUUCAACGACGACAACGAUCCACCAAUUGGACCCACGGUCGUUGUCGUGGCCACAAUUUGGCUCCCGAAGAAGCCAAAUAUUGUUUUUGACUUCCUUCGUCAUGGGGAAUACCGAAAUAAGUGGGAUCUUCUUUCUUAUAACAAAACAACUCAAGAAACAAAGUUAGUUACGACGGGCUCGGACCAACGUAAUUGUGUUUCGUUGAUAUCGAUACAAGGAUCGCCAACGAUGUAUUAUUUACAAGAGAGCCAUACAGAUUUGACAGGUUUUUAUGUAACAUUUGCACCAAUUGAUAUAUCUGCAAUAAACAAAGUGUUGGAUGGUGGGGAGACUAGUGAUGUGCGGAUUCUAAGCUCUGGUUUUUCAAUCUUUCCUGAUAGUCCAAGAAUGAUGAAUGGGGAGGAAUCGAAUGGGAGCAUCCUCACCAUUGCUUUCCAUAUAUCUGAUCCGGAUUCAUUAACACCAAAUUAUGUAUCCCCAAAAAAGGUGAGUGGUCUUCACAUGAUUAUGAAGGAAACUGUUUCCAAGAUUAUGGUUGCCAUGAUCAAGUGA